AUGAAGUCUUUUCAAUUUCCUUUGGUGCAGGCUGACUGGCUGGAGCUUCUGGCUGAACUGGGGCUGAAGGAGCUUGUUGUACCGGCUGUGCAGACUGAACUGGUUGAGCUGGCUGAGAUUGUGGAGCUGCAGCAGCCUGUGGAGCUGGAGGCUGUUGAGGAGGCUGAUUUGGGAAGCCCUGGGACAUUGCUCCCUGUUGCAUCAUUUGCUGCAUCUGGAAAGGCAUGA